AUGAGAAAAAUUGAUUUUACAAAUAUGAUUUAUAGUGAAAAAAGUCACUCUUUAUUUAGGGGAUUUUUCCUUGAUGGGUGGGUAAGAUUUUUUCUAGCUUUUUUAUUUAUUUUUAUUUGUAUACCAUUUUUAAAGCCUACAGGAAUUUGGAGGUCGUGUCUCCAAUCAAGAUUCAAGUCUUUAAACCAAUUCUUGAUGGAUCAGUCUUUGAUAUAUGUACCUAAAGGAAGAAAGAGAGUAGGUCCAUUCCUAUCAGGUGUAUUUUUUUGUAUACUUUUUAUUAACUUAGUUAGUCUUACUCCUUUAGGUGUAGUUUAUAGAGCUCAUAUUAUGUUCACUCUCCCUUUGGCUGUUGUUUUAUGAGCAAGCCUAGUAGUUAAGGGCUUUUGAAAUGGUCGGGUUUUUCUUUCUAGUGAGUUUUUAUCAUCUUCUAUUCCGCGAUUUUUAGCCAUUCCGUUUGCAUGUCUAGAGAUCUUAGGUCAUAUCAUUCGACCUCUUACUUUAUCUGCACGGUUUAGGGUAAAUGCUAUAGCUGGUCAUAUUAUAUAUAAAAGAGUAUUAGCCUACUCAGCCAAGCUAGCUAAGGUUAGAUUAUUUAAGGGUGGCUUAGUCUUUAUUUUGUCAAUAGGAUGUUUUGCUGCUGAGGUUUGUAUUUGCUUUCUUCAAGCUUAUGUAUUCUUCAUUUUGUUAAAUGUUUACUAUAACCAAUAUAGAAAGCCUAAAUGCUAA